GGAAUAAAGUAUGAACUGCUUUCUUUUUUACAUGCAGCUGAGGUUGCAGCCUAAGAUCCCUUAGGAUGAUAGUGCAGCUCUAUAGUGCUGCUUGCAUGAGUGUGUGUGAGCUGAGCCACCGGGUAGUGUAAUAGCAGAUGCUUGCCUGCGCUAAGCUGAUUUACUUGUUUAAGAUCUGACCUCAUCAUUCUGUCAGGAUGGAUUCCCACCUAUACAGUUUGGAAGAUCUUAGCAGAACUGUCCGUGACAUACAGAGGAAGGCUCAGUGAGAGACAGGGAAAGACAAGUAUUAGGAACACGAGCAUUUCUUCCUUUUCAUUCCUUAUUUUGGAGAGGAUGAAGCAGAGGAAUUGAAAAACACAGGAGACGAACACAGGGUCUGUUUCCUUUCUGGAACAACAGGAUUUUUGUAGCAGUGUUUUCCUUCUCUCUUUCUCUUUCCCCUUCCACAACUUGUGAAGAUGUCAGUCUCGGGGAAGAAGGAAUUUGACGUGAAGCAGAUCUUGAGGCUUCGCUGGAGAUGGUUCAGCCACCCCUCUCAGAGUUCCACAGGCACCGGAGGUUGCCUGCAGCAGGAAGGAUAUGAGCAUAGAGGGACACCAGUUCAGAACAGGCUGAAGAGCCACUCGCGGGACAGAAAUGGGCUGAAGAAAAACAACAGCCCAAUACGACACAACAUCUUGGCGCCAGUGCCUGGACCGACCCCAGUGCCCCACCGGCCGAUCCAGACUUGGCCUGAGCAGCAGAACUUCAUCGAGCACCUGCAAGCCACAGAGCAGGCGCCGAAAGCUGUCAGAGAGGAGGAAGGUGGCAAAGAAGAGCUGGACAGAAAGGUGCAGGAGCUGCAGAUGAUCACAGAGGAGAGCAAGGAUGAGUCCGUCGAGAGGUUAUCAAUAAGCAGCUGCUCCUCUCCUAUGGGAGGGAACAACAACAGAUCAGAUGAAUGCUUUCAUUCCGCAAACCAUGCAGAGCAGACAUUCCGCAAGAUGGAGAAUUAUCUCCAGCAGAAGCAACUAUGUGAUGUUCUUCUCAUUGCUGGAGAGCAUAGGAUUCCUGCCCACAGGUUGGUUCUGAGUGCUGUGUCUGACUAUUUUGCUGCAAUGUUUACCAAUGAUGUCCGUGAAGCCAAACAGGAAGAAAUCAAAAUGGAAGGAGUGGACCCCGACGCACUGAAAGACCUUGUGCACUAUGCAUACACAGGUGUCUUAGAACUCAAAGAAGAAACAAUUGAAAGCUUGCUGGCCGCUGCUUGCCUUCUUCAGCUUUCACAAGUCAUUGAAGUCUGCUGCAACUUUCUCGUGAAGCAGCUCCAUCCAUCAAACUGCUUAGGGAUUCGGUCCUUCGGAGAUGCUCAGGGGUGCACAGAACUCCUGCGGGUGGCGCACGUGUACACUAUGGAACACUUCACUGAGGUAAUAAAGAACCAGGAAUUUCUCUUGCUGCCUGCCAGUGAAAUUGCUAAGCUCCUGUCAAGUGAUGACAUCAAUGUCCCAGAUGAAGAAUCCAUAUUCAAGGCACUGAUGUUGUGGGUUCGGCAUGACUUGCAACCCAGGCAGCGGGAACUCGGAAUGCUUCUCUCCUACAUCAGAUUGCCUUUGCUGUCCCCGCAGCUAUUAGCAGAUCUGGAAAACAGCCCCAUGUUCACAGAUGACCUUGAGUGCCAGAAACUUCUCAUGGAAGCAAUGAAGUAUCACCUGCUACCAGAAAGGAGGUCUAUGAUGCAGAGUCCUCGUACUAAGCCUAGGAAGUCCACCGUGGGCUCUCUCUAUGCUGUGGGGGGUAUGGAUGCCACCAAAGGCACUACCACCAUUGAGAAAUAUGACUUGAGGACAAACAGCUGGAUCCAAAUUGGAACCAUGAAUGGAAGGCGGCUACAGUUCGGAGUUGCUGUGAUUGACAACAAGCUGUACAUUGUAGGAGGAAGAGAUGGCCUGAAAACAUCCAAUACAGUUGAAUGUUUCAAUCCAGUAACCAAAGCCUGGACCGUGAUGCCCCCAAUGUCAACCCACAGGCAUGGUUUGGGUGUAGCAAUGCUUGAAGGGCCAAUGUAUGCGGUGGGAGGCCAUGAUGGAUGGAGUUACCUCAACACGGUGGAAAGAUGGGACCCUCAGGCCCGGCAGUGGAAUUACGUCGCAAGCAUGGCAACACCAAGGAGCACUGUGGGGGUUGCAGCACUGAACAGCAAGUUGUAUGCUGUUGGCGGGCGAGACGGCAGCUCCUGCCUGAAAUCCAUGGAGUGCUUUGACCCCCACACAAACAAGUGGAGCAUGUGUGCAUCCAUGUCAAAGCGGCGUGGAGGGGUUGGUGUUGCAACCUACAACGGGUUUCUCUAUGCCGUGGGUGGCCAUGAUGCACCUGCUUCUAACCACUGUUCUCGGCUUUCCGACUGCGUAGAAAGGUAUGAUCCGAAAACAGACACUUGGACCACUGUAGCACCUUUGAGCGUACCCCGUGAUGCUGUUGGGAUCUGUCCUCUUGGAGACAGGUUGUACGCAGUGGGUGGUUACGAUGGACAAACCUACCUGGAUACGGUGGAAUCUUACGAUGCACAAAACAAUGAAUGGAUAGAGGAAGUUCCAGUCAAUAUAGGAAGAGCUGGUGCCUGUGUUGUAGUCGUGAAGCUGCCAUAACAGACCAUUUCCAGGUGUGAAAUAUUAAUAAGAAGCAUGGCAGAAGAGGAGGAAAUGCAUCCUUGAAAACAACACAAAGCGCUUCCACUACAGGAGGAGGAAAGACAAGGAUGAGCCCAUGUGGAGCCUGAGCAUGAAAACCACAUUUUCUGCAUUCCAAAGACACACUUAGCAGGUGUUUGACCAUCAUGGGUGAUGUUAAUCUCUAUCUGUAGGGAGGAUCUGGGUACACACUGUGCAUCAAUAGAGAGAGCCUCAUUCUAAAGCAAUUCUGUGUCAAGAACAGCUGAGCGUGCAGCUGAAAAUGAAACAUGUAUCUCCCCCCUAUAAUUACUUACACUUGCAUUAUAAGAACCCCUGGACAGCUUGAUAUGGAGAAGGAGGGCAGGGAGCCAUGUGGAGCCUUGAAUCCCUAUUCCCUCACCAGAAAGACGCCUUGCGUAGUCUCCUCCUCAUGCACAAAGAUACCUCUGCAGGGUCUUUUCUGCACCACUUAGCAUCCGUGAAUAGUUGCCAGGACCCCAGGACUUUGGCAAGGCUCCUUGCUAAUGCUUGCCUCUUUUGAGCUUUUUCAGGCCUUGCCCCUGGUUUUGAUCACCAUCGGUUAGCUGGAUCUAGUUGCCCUUAAAGUUUCUCGCAGUGCUCUUGACCUGGGGUCAUAUUGCAUGUGGAAAAAUAAAAGGGUAGCUAGGCACAGCUGGCUAAUGCUGUGCGGAGCACUGCUACUGCAGCAAGAUGUCCACUGAUGGAAGGCAGUGCCGAGAGGACACAUUGUUCAGGGCCACUUAAUGCUUGAGCUGACCCUGAUUCUUUGGAUUCUGUGAUAAAUCUAGACCAGGAGUUGGCAACUUAGCACAUGUUGGCACAGUGGUGGCUAUGCAGCUAUGGAAUCUCUGAGCAUCCCCUGUCACUGUCCCCAUGGUCAUAAGGUAGCAAGGGGGGGUUACUUUCUUCUCCUUUCAAAAGUACAUACAGCUGAAGGAGGAAGUUGGAAAAGUUCCAC